GUCAAUAUUUGCUCGGUGAGGACGCCCGAUUUYUAGUGGCCCACCACRCACUUACCUAGAGGUCCUAGUCAAAGUGAAUCGUCUUUCUGUUGUCUACCAACAUAAGUGCUUUCUUUCAUGCUUGCAAACAGACAUGUCUAAGUUAUUUGGCUACAAUUGCGACCAAUUAUUUGAGCUUGAGUUAAAACUUAUGGACCUCAAAACUUCCAUAACUGAAGACCACUUGGCUGCCGCAUUAUCUUCUUGUCUUGUGAAUGGCUUCACUGUCACAAAACUCCAAGAAGGCCUUCAAGAACCGUGUUAUGUAUUCUACAAGAAAAUGACAUACAAAGACGUGGAGAGAAACGGUGCGCAUAUGCUAAAACAGCUCUUUCCACACGAUAUUUCUACGAAGAAAACAUUGAAAAAACUAACAAGAWAUUGCAAAGGGAAAGGAUUUGAAGAGAACGCAUGUAUGUUUGGAAGUGAAGUCUAUGCGCUUGGAGAGCAGAAUUAUAGAGCGUGUCCCAUGUUAAAGAUAUUAAUUAACGAUGAAUAAAGAUAAAAUGAAUCAUGUACAGAUGUUGUCGAAGAGAGURUGGUGAUUAUUUUUGCGUCUUGUACUCACCCACGGAUAGUGAUUGUGAAAACGAGUCCGCAAUAAAAUAUCACAGCGGUAAGAGAAUUAGCACAAUGACGUCAUAUACUACCAAGACAAGAACUUUAUGAUUUUCUUUUGUAAUAGUAAUCAUUGCUAAUCCCCAAAAGGGAUUUAAAGCUAAUAUGAAUAAGAUUGAAAAUACACGAAGGUAUUUUGGUUUUGGUAGUAAAAUGACGCAAAUGUGCAGUCAUAAACAUAUCCGUCUGAAAGAUUUGGAAAAGGAAUUGUUAUCUAGGACAUGGAGUCCUUAGAGAUUUGAUGUAGCUUUGCUGUAAAUUCUCAAACGUUUUGUUCGAUAACUGUAUUUUUACACCCAUGUUAUUAUUACUCUUAUUCGCAUGAUUAUAGUUUUGAAAUAAAACCCAAAGAUGCUAA